UUUAUAAAUAAACCAAUCUCUCUUACCAUUUUCUCUUACUCCACCACUUUCCUCACUCACCUCUCUUCAAACCAAAAACCCUUUCAUUCAUUCAUGUAUUCAUCAACAGUAAAACAACCUUGUUACAUAGAACAAGACAACGGUUUAGCUUCCUUAAAAGACAUAGAUCUUGUUGGUCACCGUGCCAAUAAUUUUGUUACAAAAUCUAUGAUAACCAUGGGUUAUUCCAAUAGAACUAGCUUCAAGAAUCUUUCUAUUUUGUCUUCACCUAGAUCUGGUGCUAGAAGAUUCUAUGAUACUAGAUUUGAAGAUCAUCAACCCCACUUUCUUGAAGCUUGUUCUCUUUGUAACAAAUCACUUGGUGACAAUAAAGAUAUCUUCAUGUAUAGGGGUGACACACCUUUUUGUAGUGAAGAGUGUAGACAAGAACAAAUAGAGAUAGAUGAAUUGAAAGAGAAGAAUAUGAAUCUUUCUUCAUCUAUGAAGGUUUUGAGGAUUAAGGAACAAAGAAAUUCAACAAACAAGGUUCAAGGCCAAGAUUAUUCCUUUCGUACUGGGACUGUUAUUGCAGCAUAGGGUCUUGGUUGAAGGGAAAAAAGAAAAAAAAUUGUGACAAGAAAAAAAGAAUGGAGAGAAGAAAAGUAACAAAGCCUAUGGUUGGUAUCAUGGUGACUAUCUCAGAAUUACAAUGAUCUACUAUGAUUUUGAAGAAGCUACGGUGGAUCAUCGUAAUUCUGACAGUCACCAUGAUACCAAACAUACACGAAGAAAAGUUUAAAAUUUUUAACUUUUUCUUUGAAUGAACAAGAAUCAAUAGAGAGAAGGGAUCAGUACAGAGAAAGUAGAUGUAAAUGGUUUGAGUUUGGAAAAGUGUGUUUGCUUGUUUUGGAAGAUUCCCUCAAUGAAAUGAUUCUGUUUUUUGGGUU